GCCGCGGGGGUCGGCGCCGGAGUCCGGGAUCCCUGGCCGAGUGCUGGACCUCCGGCCGUCCGGUGCACCGCGGCCUGUGCACGCGCCCGCUGCUCAGGGUCCCAUAGGCCGAGGCGCGGGCGGCUGCAGGAGGCCGGUGGGGUGGGCGGAGGGAGGCCAGGAAGGCGUGGGCGCCCAGUGCACGGAGCAGGCGAAGGCGGCCGGGGGCCGGGACGCCAUGUCCAUGGAGGACCCCUUCUUUGUGGUGAAAGGGGAGGUACAGAAAGCAGUCAACACUGCCCAGGGGUUGUUUCAGAGGUGGACAGAGCUCCUCCAGGACCCCUCCACAGCAACAAGGGAAGAAAUCGACUGGACCACCAAUGAGCUGAGAAACAACCUCCGGAGCAUAGAGUGGGAUCUAGAGGACCUUGAUGAAACUAUCAGCAUAGUUGAAGCAAACCCUAGAAAAUUUAACCUCGAUGCGACUGAAUUGAGUAUAAGAAAAGCCUUCAUUACAAGUACUCGGCAAGUUGUCAGGGACAUGAAGGAUCAGAUGUCAACUUCAUCUGUGCAGGCAUUAGCUGAAAGAAAAAAUAGACAGGCACUGCUGGGAGAUAGUGGCAGCCAGAACUGGAGCACUGGAACAACAGAUAAGUAUGGGCGCCUUGAUCGAGAGCUCCAGUUAGCCAAUUCCCAUUUCAUUGAGGAGCAGCAGGCACAGCAACAGUUGAUUGUGGAACAGCAGGAUGAGCAGUUGGAGCUGGUCUCUGGCAGCAUUGGGGUGCUGAAGAACAUGUCCCAGCGCAUCGGAGGAGAGCUGGAGGAACAGGCAGUCAUGCUGGAUGAUUUCUCUCAUGAGUUGGAGAGCACUCAGUCUCGGCUGGACAGUGUGAUGAAGAAACUUGCAAAGGUGUCUCACAUGACCAGUGAUCGGCGCCAGUGGUGUGCCAUAGCCAUCCUCUUUGCAGUCCUGUUGGUCGUGCUGAUCCUCUUCUUAGUGCUGUGAUGUGGGGCCGUGGUGUGAGUUCCUCCUGCACGUGAAGCGAGGGAGGAGGAGAAGCGAGCGCACGUCAGCUGCCGUCUACUUGCACCCUCCCCCAGGAGCAACCUGCUGCACUGACUUUUCUGUGUGCCUCCACAAUUGAGACAGCUCCGCCGUCCCAGUGCUGGGAGGGCUGGUGGGAAGAGGACAGAGAUGACGACGGAAGCCCCAUGCCGCCUGUCCCGUUUUGAGGGCAGGUAGCCACUGCUUUGCCUCCCUGGACUUCAUUGCCUGAGGAGGGACUCUGAGUAAUCCAGAAAAAUUAGCACGCUCACUAGUGUUUUGCUGUUGCUCAUUCCAUAUAUCUUUGGCAGCUCUUUUCUGCUCAGACCCUUCCCCCUGCUCAAACAGCGCACACUGUCCCAUCAAAAGAACCCUGUCACGAAUGCGGGCUUCUGGGUAUGUCUUGUUUACCAUUGCUGUGGCAUUUUUUAGCCCCUGAGAGCUGAUUAUUAAUAAGGACAGAAGGCUCAGAAGUAGUUUGUGACAGAAAAUGCAGUGUUUCAUUUUUCAGGGAUAAGUGUAUCAUGAAAUUGCUUUUCCAGGUGCAUUUUUUUGUGGUAGGAAUAACUAAUGGAAAAUAAUGAAAUGCCCUGAGGCUUGGGGUUGGUAACAACUUGUGGCUUUAAUUGACAGGAGCAAUUAAAGAGAGCAAGAGGACCCUACGUUGGCAAAGUUUAAGGAAGGGUCAGUGAUGUCACCAGAGGUCAGGGCCAGAGCCUUGCCGAGUUCAUGUUGCUGUAUCAGGGCUUCCUCCCAGAGAGGCAACUUGCAUUUUUAGGGUGACUUAGCUAUAUUGCUGCUAAACAGCUCAGCAGCACACUUGAAUGAAUUGGGAUACUGGAUUAUCUUCAUCGACAGUUAUUGUAUUCCUGUGGCACUGUAUGUUGGGGGGAUGGGAUUGGGAGUGGUUACUACAUUUAUUACAUUUACUCACAAACCAUAAUGACAAAAAACUUUGUUUUCUUGGUGGCUGUCCAGUACGAGGAAAAGUCUUGUUCUGGACCAGACUUCUCUUACCCUGUGAGUAAUGGCGGGGAUGGGUAGGUGAAAUUAGUUCUUUUUUUCCCCAAAGAUGACAACUUGAUUUGAUCAUCCAUUCAAAUAACUGAGCCAAUCCAAAUUCAAAUGAUAGAUUCUUUGAGUUUAGGUAGCUGAAACUGCUGAGACACUAAACUUCAAACUUCUGAUGGUUUUUUAAAUGCCCGAAAUGUGCACAUGUACAUAGGAUAUUUUUAUAACUUCCCUGAUGAAUAGUCUGAUAUUAAAGUAGCAGUUGGACCCAGAGCCAGAACUCGGCAGUGGAGGCUGCCAUUCUCCCCUCACUGUCUUCUUUUGCACUUGGAAAGAACAGCAACAUCUGGGAAGAGUUCUAGCUUUAACUUCAUUUUUUUGGGUGCAUUCCUCCGCACACUAAUUUUUUUUUUUUAUCUUUUUCUUGUUUGUAUUUCUUGUGGUUUUGUUUUAGUUUUUUGGGUUUUUUUCCUUUUCUUUUUGUGAUUUGCAAUGAUGUGCUUGCCCAGCUAACUUUUAAGUUGCACUUUUUAAU